UUGGGCUUUAGCUCAAACUCCAAGAUGCGACAGAGUCCUAAUCAAAAAAAAGAAAAAGAAAAACAAUGAUUUUUUAUGAAUUAUGCAUCAAACAAGUUAAAUGCCCAAUAAUUUUAAACCAAUCAAUUAGUCUUUAUAGAAGAUCUUCGAGUGAAGUUAUCAGUGUGUAAGUUAAUGUGUUAAUGUUCGAGUAAAGUUAGUUUUGGUGAUAGUUCAUUUCAUUGAGAAUAUUAAAAUAUUAUUAAUUAUUAAUAUUAAAAUGGAAAGCGUACCUGAAGCACAAAAAACAAAAAAAUCAAAAAACAGAAAUUCACCAAUAAAAAGAAAACUGGACGUUCUAGAGGACCUAGAUGAGUACAAAGUGAAGUAUAAUAAGCAUCAUGUUAUCUUUGGAAAAUAUGCUACAAAAAUGACUGCUGAGCAAUUUUUCCGAUUUUUCGCACAGUGUCAAAGCCCAUGUAAAAAGACCAAAGCAUUCAGAUUUCUGAUGAGGACUUUCUUCAAUGAUGAGACAUUAGCAAGCAGGUCAUUGAGUGGUGCGGCCAGCAACGCAUAUCGUACACUACCUCCGAAACCACCAUUAGACAUCAAAAUAAUAACAGAUGUUUAUUAUUUGGCAAAAAAAUUUUUGAAAUUUGAUACACAUAUGUUUUGUAGAUUAGUCACAGGUUUAUGUGCGGAUUCUGUCAAAUUACUGAAAAAGAGGAAAAAGAAGAAUGUGAAAAAACAAGAUUAGGAUUAGAAAGAGUGACUCAGGACAUCAUUAUUAAUAUUUUAUUUAUACUAUUAUUUGUGACUGUAAUUUGUGAUUGACUGUGAUUGACCGCUUGUGUUAAUGAUAUUUCGUAUAUAUAUUUACUCAAAAAAUAAAAUUUAGAGCAGC